GCCACUUUUCAGUCGCCUUUCACGCAGACUCGUCGCUUGAUUUGCGGUAAGGUUUGAAUCGUGAAUUAACUGCCCUUAAACAUAUUACACCAGUUUCAGUUUUGGGAUGCAGUCUAGUCUAUAAGGUGGCACACAAUUAUCUAAAUGCACUUGAGUUGUAUCGCCUUAUUCUGUGAAACACUUCAAUUCGAGCCCUCCUGACAGAGCGAUGAGUAUGUCGGCUGGUGGUCUGGCCGCUGCCGUUUGCAUAGCGGUAGGCUUUUCAAUCGGACUCAUGAAAACCCUUUUCCCCUCCGUCUACGACUUAAUCGGUUCCUCCUGUUUAGUGUUGGUGGGCAUGUCGCUGUUGGUAGUCUGCCUCAUAUUUUGCGCUGCACCCUACAUGCAUUGCUUCAAUUCUCCUCCUAAAAAUAUCGAGAUUGAUUCUUCUAUUCAAAAGAUCGAUUCUGAAUUUCCUACAGAUGGGCUCCCUCCGACAUACGAAGAGAGUGAAAUGGACUUCACGUCGGAGAGUGAUACGAGUUCAACUGACAAAACCUCGAUUAUCGACAGUAAAAGUGCCAUAGUGGAAAUUUCGCAUUCAAAAGAACCGCCAGCUCCAGUGAUAACGCCCCCACCGUCCCUUGCGCAAAUGUCUAGCGUUGCCAUUGAUAUGGAGAUGACGUAACAGCGUAGGCUAUACGACAGCCGGAGUAGAGGUCGCAGUUAACCCGUUUCUUUUUGACGAACGAUAUCAACACGAAACUAUUUGCUGUUUUUUCCCCAAGCUACACAGCGACAAUUCGAAGGUACUGACUACUAGAUGGCAACUGCAUUUAUACGUACGAAUACGAUGCAAAGUGAUAAAACAAAAAUGGGAUGAUGCGAUUUCAAUCCUAUUCCAAUACUCCUCCUCCCAUUCAUUCAUUUUAUGCUAACAGUAAUAUAAAAUGCAGAACAUUAAUAUAUUCAAUCUGAAACGUAUAUGUUUCCGAUAACGCUCAA